UAUUUAGUAUAGUAGUACUGUCGUUCUGAUCUUGAUUUUGGUUUCCCUUCGGUUUCGGUCCUAAUUUUUUAUGAUUUGCACUUGUGGGGUCUGUUUAAUUCUCAAAAACGGAGACAGCUAUGGGGAGAAAAAGAAGAAAUUGCUGCCUCUGUCCCCACGGCUCUUUAGCACCCGCAUUCAUGGCUAGUCCUCGCUCACUCCUGCGCACAGACUCAGGCGCAAGCUUUGCUCUUUUCCUCUCCCAUGAACCCUUCUCUUUCUUCUCUCUCUCUUUGACUUCGCACACCCACCAUACCAAUCCUCCUGAAUUCGGCUAUGAUUAAUGUUUCUUGACAGCACCGCUUUACACUCUGCGCCCUUUGUUUUCCUUCCUGUUCCUUUGCACUUUCUUGUGACCGAGGCCGCAGCUUCUUUUUGAGGAGCAAGAAAGGGGAAAAAUUCAAAUGGAGUAAAGGGCAGGGGAGGAAGGAUGUCUCCUGGUCUCAAGAUUGUGUUUUUCGAGGCUUUCUUGCUGUUUCAUUUUCUGCAUAAAUGUAGUUGCAGCAAAUUGAACGACCGCACAUUUGCAGACAAGAGAGUGGAUGCUAUUUUUCCUGAGAUAUCCCCAACUGGGUCUCCUCAGCCCCUCCUUCCUCUUCUUGCACCUUCACCGUUAGCUCCCUUUACCAACAUUACUGUGCCCAAAUUAUCAGGACUCUGUACAUUAAACUUCUCUGCGGCUGAAAACUUGACGAGCAUGACCGCCAUUGAUUGCUGGGCUGUUUUUGCACCUUAUGUAGCGCACGUGAUAUGCUGCCCCCAAUAUGAGGCAACACUUACAAUUCUCAUCGGACAAUCCAGUAAAACCACGAAUCUUCUCGCUUUGAACGGAAGCCUGGCCAAACAUUGCCUCUCUGAUAUGGACCAAAUUUUGGCAAGCCAGGGUGCUGGAAAUAACCUGAAUCAGAUAUGCACGAUUCGCCCAUCAAAUCUAACUGAAGCUUCUUGCCCGGUGAAAGAUGUUUUCACAUUCGAGAACACAGUAGAAUCUUCAAAGCUUCUUGCCGCUUGCAAGAAGGUUGAUCUCGUGAAAGAAUGCUGCGAACAAGUCUGUCAAAAUGCUAUAUUGGAGGCUGCAACUAAAAUUGCUUUAAAAGCUUCUGAUGAUCUCUUAAGCCUGAAUGAGCAGCAUAUUGUGAUGGAUCAUUCAGCCAGGAUCGAUGAUUGUAGAAACAUCGUACUCAGGUGGUUGGCAAGCAAACUCGAUACAUCUCAGGCGAAGAAAGUUCUCAGAGGACUAUCAAGUUGCAAAGUUAACCAAUUUUGUCCUCUGGUUUUUCCCAACAUGAAACAUGUUGCGAAAAGCUGUGCCAACAGCAUAAGCAACCAGACAGCAUGCUGCAGCGCGAUGGAAAGCUAUGUCUCCCACUUACAAAAGCAGAGCUUUGUCACCAACCUGCAAGCGGUGGAUUGCGCUAUGUCGAUGGGAGUGAAAUUACGGAGAAUGAAUAUCUCUAGGAAUGUUUAUAGCCUGUGUCAUAUUACUCUCAAGGACUUCUCUGUUCAAGUGGCAAAUAUAGUGUCCGGAUGCCUCCUACCUAGUUUGCCUUCGGAUGCCACAUUCGACAACUUUUCUGGGGUCGGCUUCUUGUGUGAUCUGAAUGACAACAUUCCUGCUCCGUGGCCGUUGACUAACCAGUUUCAAACUUCAUUGUGCAAUAAAACUGUCAAAAUUCCUGCGCUGCCAGCAGCGACAUCAGAUCAAAGUGGUAAGCCAAUCUUUUUCCCAUUAACUACUAGCCACUUUCCACCUGUAAUCUGCAUACGUUUUCUUGUGGGACAACUAUCAAUUGGUAUAGUUGAUGAUGAUCUGAAAUUAGUUUCAUAAAGAUUGAAGUAUUUAAACAUAAACAUUGAUCAGUAUUCUGUGUAUUUCCAUCAAAUCUCGUACGUAAGCUCAUACCCUUUGUCAAAUCUGGACAGUAGAUGCAAGCGGACUAUGAUUAGGAUAUGGAAGGCUGGUAGAUAAUUCGUCAUCUUUCGUAGUGCUAUAGUAUGCAGAUGCAUUUGGAGGGAUUAAAUUUGGUUAAUUGAGAUGUUCAAGCUUGUAGUGUACGCAUGGGGGCACGCCUUGUUCCAUGGCAAGACAAGCAUUUACAGUACAACAAUGGCAUCCCUAAACUGGAUGCAAUGAAGCAAAAACUUCAGAUCAAAAUCUUGUUUUGGCAACUCUGGUGUUUGAAAUCAGUAACACUUAGAAAUUUCCGCAUAGUUGCUGCACUUGACCAUAAU